CGUCCUCUCAACCUCACCACCCUUUACCCCUCAUUCCCUUUGACAAUUAAUUAUUGAACCACCAGAUCAACCAAACUCAAGUAUUAUUUGACUCAAUGCCCAACUGCUUCGAUUAAACUCAUGUUGCCAUAAUUGUAUCCCUAACUUUAUUUCACCAAUCUCGCAGACAAUAUUCAGGGUAAUCUCCUAUGCGCAGAAUGUCUACCAUCACCAUUGGAAACCUACCCCGUUUGUCCUCAAAAGCUCUCUCUGAUAUUCUUCUUUCUCACGCAUCGUCAAACCUGGAUUCCCCUUCCAAGCCGGAGAAUUUAGCUAUCAUUGAUGUCCGUGAUGAUGAUCACAUAGGCGGUCAUAUCAAACAUUCUACCCAUGUCCCAUCCUCCACUCUCGAUUACAAGAUCCCCGAAUUGGUUCGAAAACUUAAAGAUAAAGAUACAGUUGUAUUUCACUGUGCUUUGAGUCAGCAGAGAGGCCCCAGUGCCGCAUUGAGAUACAUACGCGAAAGGGAGAGGAUUAUGGGCGCGGGUGCCGGCAUGAGCGCUGGAUCUGUUGGAGAAGCUAUGAAGAAGAAUAAAGAGGUAGUCGAGAACAAAGGCAAUGACGGGGAAUGGGAGGAUAUUGAAGAGAAACCCGAGAAAAAAGAGCAAAAGGUCUACGUUCUGGAUCAAGGGUUCGUAGGAUGGCAAGAGAUAUAUGGCGAAGAUUCACGUUUGACAGAAGGAUAUCGGAAAGAGAUCUGGGAAAAUGGUUAUUGAGAUGAGACUGGGAAUUUCACCAACCAAUUCCCUGCAAUAAAACAAUUUUAAGCACACAUCACGAGUCUUCAUGGUAGAAUACACUAUUAUUUUAUACAUAGGAAUG